AUGGGCCAACAGAACCUCACAACACCCAUUGAAUUCAUUCUUUUGGGAGUCACAAGGCAGCCAGAGUUUCAGUUUCCUCUUUUUGGGGUCUUCCUCCUUAUCUACGCAGUGACAGUGGUGGGAAACCUGGGCAUGAUCAUUCUAACCAAGCUGGACUCCCGUCUCCACACACCUAUGUACUUUUUCAUCAGACACCUGGCUUUCAUCGAUCUUGGCAAUUCCACAGUCAUUUGUCCCAAGAUGUUGGUAAAUUUUAUUGUGGAUCAAAAUACCAUUUCCUAUUACGCUUGUGCCACCCAGAUGGCGUUCUUCAUUAUGUUUAUCGUCAGUGAACUGUCAGUCUUGUCAGCCAUGGCUUAUGACCGCUAUGUGGCCAUCUGUAACCCUCUGCUGUACCAUGUCAUCAUGUCUCAGAGGCUCUGCCGUGUGCUGGUGGGCAUCCCAUACCUCUACAGUGCCUUUCAGGCUCUGUUGUUCCCUAUUAAGUAUUUUACCUUGACCUUCUGCGGCUCUAAUGUCAUCAGUCAUUUCUACUGUGAUGUGGUCCCCCUAUUGCCUUUGAUCUGCACACGCGUGAGAGAAACAGAGUUGUUGACAGUACUGUUCUCGGCAUUUAACUUAAUCUCCUCUCUUUCAGUAGUUCUUUUAUCUUACCUGCUGAUUUUGUGGACUGUGUGUCAAAUGCGUUCUGCAGAGGGAAGAAAGAAAGCUUUCUCCACGUGUGGUUCUCACUUGACAGUGGUGGUGGUAUUCUAUGGGACUCUAAUCUUCAUGUACGUGCAGCCCAAAUCCAUGCACUCCAGUGACACUGAUAAAGUAGCCUCUGUGUUUUACACCUUAGUGAUCCCCAUGCUCAACCCCUUGAUCUACAGCUUAAGGAACAAGGAGGUAAAAAAUGCCUUCCAUAGAGUCUUUAAAUAUCCUUGA